CAGUUUCAUUGUGAAGGGGUCAACGUUCCAUGCCGCAGCGACACAUCAGCAGAAUGGGUGAUAAGGACCUACUUUUGUCGGACGAUUCCAUUGAGUCGGCCACUGUGAAGAAAAAUGUGGUAAAAAGGGUGCAGAUCCCCAAAAUUCCUUGGUACAUGGCCGGUGGAUUCGUCCUUUUCUGGGCCACUCUUUUCCUGGCAGUCGUCGUGCCACUCUUCCACCGCCUGCCCCAGGGAAAUACCCUCGAAGACGCCUCCAAGGGUGUCUUCAUUGCCGAACGAGCCCAGGAUAAUCUAUACGACUUCGCCAAGAUAGGCAUCAAAUUGGUCGGAAGCGAUGGAAAUGAGCAUAAAACAGUUCAGUUGAUACUGCGGGAACUGGCACUUAUUAAGGCAAAUGUUCGGGAAGACUAUUUUGAAAUGGAGACUGACCACCAGAUUGCGUAUGGAUCGUAUUUGAGGAACGGUGCGCAGUAUCAGUACCAGGGUGUGCAAAAUAUUGUGGUUAAAAUAACGCCCAAGGGCAGCACGAGCCAAAAUUACCUACUGGUCAACUCGCACUUUGACUCAAAGCCAACGAGUCCGUCUGCCGGUGAUGCGGGUCACAUGAUUGUGACCAUGUUGGAGGUGAUCAGAAUAAUCACAACCUCCAGCGAAAAGCUGACGCACACCAUCAUCUUUCUCUUCAACGGUUCCGAGGAGAAUUCCCUACAGGGAUCGCACGGUUUCAUCAGCUCACACAAAUGGGCACCAUUCUGCAAGAUUGUUAUAAAUUUGGAUGCAGCUGGCAGUGGCUGUCGGGAGCUUUUAUUCCAGACAGGACCCAACAAUCCCUGGCUUGUCAAGUACUACAAACAGAACGCUGAGCAUCCGUUUGCAACCACAAUGGCUGAGGAAAUUUUCCAAACUGGCAUCAUACCGUCGGACACUGAUUUUAGCAUCUUCUCCAAUUAUGGUAACCUCGUUGGGUAUGAUAUUGGUCUGGUUUGCAACGGUUACGUCUAUCACACAAAGUACGAUCGAUAUGAUGUUAUACCAAGGGGUUCCAUUCAAAACACGGGCGAUAACCUAUUGGGCUUGGUACGAGCUCUGGCAAAUGCCCCAGAAUUGGCUGACAACACUGAAACUGGAAAAGCAGUGUUCUUUGAUGUCCUGGGACUGUUCUUCGUUAGUUAUUCGGCAGAUGAUGGCAAAACGCUUAAUUAUGCCGUGGCCGGCAUCGCAAUCGUACUGGUUUAUGUAUCCCUCUUGCGCAUUGCAGACGUUUCCAAUGUUACCUCCGCUCAGGUGCUGAGCUGGUUUGUCCUCAUCCUUGUCCUCCAAGUGGUUGCCUUUGUCUUGGGCCUGGCCCUGCCAAUAGUGAUCGCCUACAUGUUCGACAAGAACGGACUGUCCCUCACGUACUUCAGCACUCCAGCACUUUUACUUGGCCUCUAUGUGAGUCCGAGUCUUUUGGGACUUGCCCUACCCAGUGAUUACCUCAAGCUGCAGAAGAAUGAAAAACUAACGUAUGCCCACCAACUGCAAAUGGCUCUCCAUGGACAUGCAGUUGUCUUGUCAGUGCUUGGGAUUGCCAUAAAUUACUAUGGCCUGCGUACCACCUAUGUCAUCACAUGGACCCUUGUGUUCUAUGUCAUACCCAUGGCUCUCAAUUUGGUGACCACACUCCAGGAUCGAGGAUUCUCGUGGACGGGAAUCGUCAAGAUAAUUCAGGUGUGCCCUUUCCUGUACAACAGCUAUCUGUUCUACACAUUCAUCGUAAUACUUACCCCCAUGAUGGGUCGUUUUGGACAGACCACCAAUCCUGACUUGAUCAUUUCUGCUUUGGCCGCUUUGGGAACCAUUUUUUCAAUGGGCUUUUUGAUUUUGCUUAUAAAUGUGUCACGUCGAUCGGGGUUUAUUCUUGUGGUCUUGUUGGCCAUAAGUGCUGCCACUAUCUACAUUGCCAGCUCCACGGAAAUCGGUUUCCCAUAUCGUCCCAAAACUAAUGUCGAGAGGGUUUAUUAUUUGCAUGUGCGCCGAACCUUUUACGAAUACGAUGGCACCGUCAGCAAGGAUGAGUCUGGAUAUCUGUUCAAUUUCCAGGAUCGUCGUGGCAGUGCUCCUUUGGUGGAGGCCAACGUGGAUCUAACUGGUAUGGUGAGCAUGGCAUCUGAUUGUGCAAAGUACAUGAUGUGCGGUGUACCCUAUCCCGAUGCUCGCUAUGUGAAGAGUCGUCUGAAUGGCACUUGGCUGGCCAGGGAUGUACCCAUAGAACCCUCAACUGAUAGCCCCUUGGAGCUCCUGAGCAAAACCGUUUUGGCAGAUGGCCAAACCGUGCGUCUCGAGUUCAAGAUCAAUUUCACAGACCAUUCGACUCUGUACAUCCAGCCCUUCGAGGACGUGACCAUCAGCAGUUGGUCGUUACUCGAUAGCUUACUGGCCAGUACCCCGCCCUAUUAUCUGUUUUUCACCUAUGGCGUAGAUGGAUCGCCUGUAAACCUCACACUUGAGAUAAAAAAAUCCAAUGGGGACUUCAACGUACCACUCACACAAAUUGGAAUUGGUCGACAGUUUAUGCAUACUAAAGGCGAUUUAACUGCUCAGAAGUUUGCCGAAACCUUCCCCGAAACCGCGGUCCUUAUUGAAUGGCCGGCGGACUACCAUCGAUACAUAUUCUAAUUCGACUUUAUAGUGUGUUGUAUACAAAUAAAAAUUUAAUUAUACUUCAAA